GCGACUGUGGAGCGGCCCAAGCCCCCGCGAGCGGUCACGAUGAGCACGCGAGGAGGGGAAGGCGCCGGCCAGCCCUCGACUUCUUCCGCGGCCGCCCAGGAGCAACCUGCGACUCCACCGAAGAGGGGCCGAGGGAGACCCAGGAAGCAGCCGCAAGAACCCGCCGGAGAGCCGUCUCCUAAAAGACCAAGGGGAAGACCCAAAGGAAGCAAAAACAAGAGUCCCUCAAAGGCAGCUCAAAAGAAAGCAGGAGCCACUGGGGAAAAACGACCAAGAGGCCGACCUAGGAAAUGGUGGCUGCCCAAGCUCCAGUCCUGGCUGCCAUACGAACAUGCACACUUCAAUAAGGAAACAUGGCAGCCAGGAAGCAGACACCAGCAGCCUCUUCGUAAAUGCAGAGAACAGCAAAUGGUCCCUGAGGUGGCAGCCCCAACAGGUGGUCCAGAAGAAGCCAGCUCAGGAACAGGCUGAAGAGACAUCUUCACAAGAAUCUGCAGAAGAUGAUUAGGAGACCACACCUCGCAAUUUCUACCUCAUCAGCAGUUGGGUCUUUUGAAGGGAGAAGACACUGCCUUGACCACUUGCUUUGUUUUGCCACGAUCUUUCCACUUUGGCCUGGGUGGGGGAGGGAAAUCAUAUAACCUUAAAAAGGACUUAUUAAUCAUCUUUGUUGUAAUCCCUUCACUGUCCCAGGUUUAGUGAAAAACUGCUGUAAUACAGGGGGACACAGAUUAAUGAUGCAACAUUUAAUUACUGUUUUUCUUUUUACUUUUCCUUAACCUACUAAUAGUUUGAGCUGCUAAGUAAGGGUGAAUGGGUCAGUAAAUCUUUGAACCAGGUUUUAAGUCAUUCACUGCACUGCAUAUAAAUAAGAUUUUUUGUAACAUAUUAAUUAUAAAGGGCAUUCAAAUAGGAAAGCUUUGGUGUUUAACACCAGGCUUCACAACUCUUCUGUCAACCCACUCCCUAGCUUAGUAAACUCCCUGUUUAGAACACCAAAGAUAAGGAUUAGGAACUACUCUUUUUAUAGCCUUAUUCUAGAUUUGUGCUUGAUUUUUUUUUAAAUGUUACUGUUAUUUCAGGCUAUGUUGAAGGCUGAUUUUUUCCACUUAAUUCAGAUGAUAUUUAGGAGAAAAGCCACAAGAAGAAGGUACUUUUCACUUCACAAAAGGGAAAAAAUGACAAAGAUACAUUGUAUAUUUACUAAUACACAUAUAUCUGCAGAAAUAGUACUAAAUGGAACUCAACAGCACACCUCUCUGGGAACACGUUCAUAUCCCCUCAGGUUGAAUAUGAUUGUGGGAGGACCUCAUGUUGUUUAGAAAUUACUAACAUAAGACCUUUUCUCAGCUGAGAUUUAGCAACUAAAAUCUGGGUUUUUAAUUACUUUAAACCAAUACCUCAGAAGAAUUCUCAGUCAUGAUCAUACUGGAAUGGAGGGGAAAGAUUCAAAUGUUUUGUUUGAAUUAACCCAGCACCGCCAGUCCCAUUCCUUAGUUUGAAGGGAAUGGAUCUCGUUUUCACUCAAACAUCUCAGUGAAGAGCCAAUACCAUGUACCUCAAGCGAGCUUGUAUAUGACUUUGAAGCAGUAUAUCCUGACAUAGUAUGGUUUGUUGGGCAGUCACAUACCUAAAUCUUUUUCACACAGAGCAGCACUUUUCGCAAAAAUGCAAUAUUUCAAUUCCACUAUUCAAUUCUACCUCUGAUAUUUACAAUUAACUCAACAGUAAUAAACAUUUGCUGCUAUAAUCACAGAAUGCAGUAAUGGGUAGGUAAUUAUGGAUUUCUGCACAUACACACAUCCCAUUUCUACUCUUGACACUUAAUUACAGUUAAGGAGAAAACCUUUAGAGUUUUCCAGCAUUACUAUGACUGGGAUCCAAAGGGCUGCUUGUGCAAAUGCAAGGCAAUUUCACCAAUUUUUAAGGAUUUCCCCUGUCUACCUAGUGCCAUGUCCCAUGUCACUUUUGAGGGUUCUUGACCUCAAGAGUGGCUGGAGGUGCCAGAGAAUUCUAAGGAAAGGCAGGAAAGCCCUGUGGGAUGAGUGGGACUCCACUUGCACUGCUCUGGAUCCAGCCCAAUGUAUUUUUCUUUUUUUUAUGUACUAUGCCUUUUUCUGCUAAAUUUCUAUGUAAUGUACCAUUAACUUGAAUAUAUUUUUGUACCGAGUUGCUCUUAAGGUUUGUAAGGAUAAUUUUCUUUGAUGACACUACAUGACAGAAAAAUAAUUAACUGCAAUGUUUAAAUAUUACUGUCCAAGUUUGUACCUCGCAUGAAUUUUUUUUAAAGAAAUGGACUAGUUGAUUGACAAAAACCUACCUCCAGACGAUAAAUGGAAUGAACUUGUUGUUUCUUUCAGCAUUAGUUUUUGAGAAGAUUUGAAACAUUUAGGACUGCAGCAAAUUCCUAAUCAAACCUAUUUUUUUAAAAAAGAACUUUGUGGGAAAUGAAAAUGUUGUUAUAACUAUUUUCAUUCUUUAAAAAAAAACCUUCAAAGAAACUUGAACCUUUUGUAGGUGGGAGGCAACAAGCUCAGCUUUUUGCAUAAUGCAAUCACAAAUGUGUGUUUUUUUAAAAAAAACUAUUAGAUUGUACGAGAAUACUUAUCAAGUAUUUUCACAUAUUUUUUCACAAAUGUGAUUUUUUUAAUAAUAUGUGACAACCAGAUUAAUUUUAAAUGCUUCUUAUGUAGAGUUUGUUCAAUAAUUCUGUCUCUUUUCUUUCUCUCUUUCCCAUCUGUGAGUCAAAGUUCAUGUUCAGUCGUAUAAAUGCUUUUUCACAUUUCUGUUUGCAAAACAGCUGUGGGAUGUUGUAGUCUGGCUCAGAAGUUCUCAGGGGUGAUCUUUUCUAACGUGCUGGGUUUUUAAAAAUCAAAAUUGCCCUCCCUGAGCCACUUCGUGCCCUGAAGGGAAAAGACUCAGAUACGCCUAUCUUUUCUCCCAGUUAGUAAACAGCAAACUUGAAGAGGGCUAUUUUGAUAAGAAAAAAGUCCUUCUGAGAAAGAAGUAAGGAAUCCUCUCUUCCUCCUCUCUACCACGUGGGCUUUCAGUCCAAACUGCAGCUUUCUACACCUGCUUUGGGUAAAAAAAAAAACCUGAGGAAAACAUUCACACGACUGAGCAUCACACAGGUCAUUUGAGCCCCCUGUCUCAAACAGUCCAGAUGUCCAUGUUGACAUUAUUUUUAUUAUUUGGGCCAGGAGUAGUUUCUCAGGAAGGCUUGUAUCAGUAUGACUUUAGUACUUAGCCAAAUGCAAUUAAGGAAAACUACUUACUGGCUUUUUCACAAGAGAAUACACAAGCACCUCCUCAAGUCACAAGAGUACAUCUUGUUUGGGAUCACUAAGAAAGAGCUUAUAGGAGAAACAGAUAACAUUAGGAUGUCUGAGUUUUAACUUUUGAAUAAAAGCUCUUCAGGGGCUCUUCUCCAAGUCUGCUCAAGUGAUUGGCAGGGAUCCAAAGUGCUGCAGGCUGAUUCCACUUGCACACUUAGGAUUUUCAGCUCCCCUCUCAAUUGUAGCUUCUCCCUCCCCUCAAAAAAAGCUCCCUUCCAGCUCAUGGGUCCUUCCCAUGAGGUGCAAGGGGCUGCUACUGGAAGGAAAUAUCAAGCUGACUAUCCAGGGACACUGAGUCAGGUCUCUAAAACAUCAUACUUUUAAAUCUAAGUUUGUAAGAUACAUAGGUCAUAAUAAUUUUCUUUUAAAACUCCAUGUUGUGUGUGCCCACAGGCUUCAUUGUUGAAGGGGUUAUGCAUUCUCUUCAAUUUCAGGGAGUACUCUGAACAUACAAUGGGAAAUCUGCACUCUUUACAUAGCCUAUUUACCUGACUCAUUAGAGCAAAUGAGGUAGUUUGUGCUAGUGUAGACUUCCAUAUGUGCAUUGGUUUCCCGUUUACUGGAGCUGCUGGAAUGGUAUAGCAGCAUACAUGAGAUAAAACAUAAGUUAUCAAUGCAAGUGGAUCAAAUAUCAAACUCCAAGGGACUUGCAGCUCUGAUCAAAUUAUAUUUUCUGUAUAUUGUAGAACAAUCAAAACACAUUACUACCUCUCAGGGUUUUCUAUACCUCAUGUUUCAGAUUGAAAAGAACUGCUUGAGGCCACUGAAACAGAAAGAACAUCAUAAAAUUUUUAUAUAUAUAGUUUAUUUUUGUGGGAGAUAAAUUUUAUAGGACUGUUCUUUGCUGUCAUUGGCCACUGCUAAAUAAGACUGGACAUUAACUUUUCUGCCAUUUCUGCAAGAUGGAUGCUUUAGAAGAAAAGUAUCAAGAUGUAUAACUACAGUUUACUUUUUUCCCCCUUGUUCCUUGCCUGUCUCCUAAUUCUUUGCUAUGUUAUCCAUAUAGAGUUGCUGUCUAUGAUUGUACUUUGAAUUGCUUGCUUGUUGAACAUGUUCCUUUAAUGGAUUAUCACCCUCUGUUCAGCACAAUAAACAUAAUAGCCUCUGUGA